UUAAAAAUGCAUUUUUUUCUUUAAUGGUGUGUCUCGGGUCGAGAAAUCGAACGGGUAGAAGGCUCGGGAGAAAAAAAAAUCGCUGUCCACCUUUCGGACGUAUUUUUCUUUCUAUCAAGGUGGAAUAUUUUGCUUUCACUUUUUUCUGCGGGUGGGUGACUUUGGACUUUUGAAGAAUUCUGGUUUUGCGACGGAUCUGAUUUGCUUUAGUUGUUUCACAUAUGGACGAAUUAAUAACAUUGAGAGUGAAUCCUGCAGUGAGGGGAUUUUUGCUUCCUUCGAAGCGACAAGACAAAUAAAAGAGGCUCACGGAAUCGAUUUUAAGUGGAGCCCCGCAAUCGAAAGUAAGCCACGAAAGCAAUACAAACGCUGGCUGGUAUUGGUGUUAAGUAAUAUCGCAUAUAAGUACGGAAAAACAGCAACUGCAUUGAAAGUUGUACAGGUGCCCCGGUGGAAGGAGAAAACGAGCCGAUGCGGUUAUCGAAGACGGCUUGAGAAAUACCAAAGCCUAUCGCAAAACAAGAGAGAGCGUGAAAGCAGCAAAAAAAAGUAUUUUGGCAAACAUUAAAAUUACGAAAUUGAAGCAUAUCGAAGCAGUAGCUGAAUAGUGCUUGACUUGAGUAUAAAUUACCAUAAAACAAACCAAAAAGAAGAGAAGCCUGUUGGCGUUUAUUCGCUGUGUAAAUUGAAUUUGUCUUUGGAAUUUCGGAGAACUAAUGAACCGCAUCGAGAGGCUUCCGGUUUAAGCUCCGCGGGCCAAGGACAAAGAAUUUGUGUUUUGUUCAGCAUGGAUGGUCACGAUGGGUGUCACUGUAGAUGUGAUCCGAAACAACGGUCUGUUUGCCAUAAGACCAAUCCAUUCAACAACCGCACUCAGCAAACUCAACCAUUGCUAGCUAGCAGUUAUUUUACAACAUCGUCCUUUGCAAUUCCAUCCAUCCGGUCAGUUGCUUCAUCGAACACCAUCAGCAACUAUAAUCUUCGACACCACAAAGCUUGUCGAGAGCAAGAUGAGCAAGGACAUGUAACGGAAGACUUCAAUCAUCAACCACAUUCACUACUAGAUAUUAGUAACAACAACUGCGUGAGUAGUGAUACUCAAACCCGCCGGUCUGGUAUUCGAAAACCGUCAGGAAACCGGGCAAUGGCAGAGCCUUUCUCAGCGUCGGCUGCCUUCACCAAUAGCAGCAACAAUAACAAUAAUGAUGGCUGGGGCGAUGAUUGGGGUGAUUGGGGAGGUAAUUCGAACCCCGUUGCACAACCACCGCCCAAAGCAUCAGCACCGCAACAGACAGUUCCCGUGAAUACUAAUCAGUACUUCCAGCAGAAACAACCUCAGUAUCCUCAUCUGGACCAGAGUAAUAGGAAUUUUAUACAAAACGUCGCACCUCAGGCAGGCCUUCAACAACCAUCGUACCAGAACUAUGGCGGACCGGUAGGUCAAUCGCAUUUUCAACAGCCAUACGCUGCUACCCAUCAACAACAACAUCCAUCAUUCGGACAAGUACCGGCACCCACGGCUUUCUUCAACCAACAACCCAACAGGCCUCCAUCGCAUCCGACCCCUUCCACAACGCCGCAAUCCUUCAAUCAGAAUAUAACAGAUAGCUUCAACACCAACUCUGGUGACAGUUGGAAUUGGAGUGCUAAAGAAGUGCCACCCGUUGCACCGAGUCCCAAACCUGCAGAAGUUCCCCAGUAUCCACCACCUACACAACAUCAAGUGAACGCAUUUCAAGAUCAUUCUUAUCCUCAGCAAACUCCAUCGCCCAACAACUUCAGUAUACCUGGUGCUGGAAACAAUACUCAACCGACACAACAACCGCCUAAAGCGAUAGUUCCCCAGCUGGCUCGGCUUAAAAAUGAAACACUGUCGCCGCAGUGGUCCAUCGAAAGCCAAGUUUCUCAAACUUCAAGUGACAGGUCCAUCGAAAGUGGUGAGAUUGGUGAAAGUCGAAGCUCACACACGAUUCCCUCGGACGACGGAUCAUCUGGUCGAGUUCAGGGAGUACCUGUGGAAAAUUACGAACAUGUCGGAAACUAUAACCAAUUUGCUGCCCCUCCACCAGUAGACAAGCUGGAUGAAGCGUUGAGCGCAUUAAACAUAAAACAUGAACCUCAGCCGGAGACGUCCGUUGUAGAGCAGGAAAGUCGACCCGAUACUUAUCGGGAAUCUUCUUUCCCUCCUCCUCCUCCAUCGAUUGCAAAUCAACAAUCGAUGCCAGCAGACGGGGCUCUUCUGCCACCGAAAUCUUCAUCCCAAACUCCCCCGUUACCUCCACCUCCUACGGAACAACCAAACCAAGGACCACCUCAAGGUCCACCUCCGGGCCCACCAAUAAGCCAGGGGCCGCCGAAAGGUACAGCAAGUGGUAACCCAUUCAAACGGGUUGGUUCAAGAUCUCAACAUGCCACGCUAGGACGAGGAACAGUUCCACCCCUAACUAGCAACAAUUUCUUCUAUCAACUUUUGGAAAUGGCGAACGUUGAAAUGCCAACUCCAGAGAACCAAGAAAUUCCUGGUCCACGCGUUGAAAACUUUGAAAAUCUUGAGAUUGUCCCGAGCAACGAUCGCAACCAGUACCUGCAAACUGGUCAUCUAUCCGAAGAAGGCUACUCCAGCUCCCAACGUGAUGAUCAACAACAACCCGUUGGAGAUGACAGUUUACCACCGCCAGGACUUUCACGCUACGUCCCAGGCCAACAACAACAACCCGAUAACAAUCAACAGCUUUCCGGUCAUAGUUUUCCACCGCCUGGGCUUGACCGCAUGAUUCCAGGCACGGAUCUGGACACAGCUACUCCGGACCUAAACAUGGAACGCCAGAUCGAUGGCGAAGUUUCCGAUUCGGCAUCCACUCCAAUCGUGCGAUCUUCAGCCUCGGGAGAUCAUCAUCAUGGCUCUCACCAUCACAGCCACAGGCAGCAACCUCAAGAAGAAAUAAGCGAUCGUAACUUAUACCUGGUCCCAGGAGAAAGCGACAACACUCAUCAUUCUAAUCCACAAAGAGUAAUACCGGGAGUGGAAGACGAUCGACCAUCGCAAGUCAACUAUGCACCGAUAGCUGCUUCACCCAUUAUGGACAUUCCCAUUAACGAACAGCAACGAGAACUGGUAAUGGAUGGUGAAAACCCGCAUGAUCCGCCUGUCCUUCCCAUUCAAGUAGAAAUCAGUCGAGAUGAACCCAUUGAAGGAGCCAAUACAUUCGACGAGCCGGCCAAUAGCAACGCCAAUCAAAAUGCUGCCGGUAUUACCGAAACCGAUGCCAGCUUAACGGUGGAAGGAUCCCGGAAGGACCCCUCCAAUACGUCAACAGCAGAUGAGAGCGAUAAGGAACGGUCUAUGUAUUACGGCAAGGGUAAACCGGCACGACGCGAAGAAGAUCCGUUACGACGAUCUACCAAAAGCAAGAGCUCAAGGGAUCGUUACGAUACCGAGGAUUCCGAUUAUUCGGAUCGUGAGGGUAGACGCCGUCGAGAGCGUGAAGGGAGCAACGGGAUCGAAGCCCAGCAACGAGAUCGUCGCCGGGGCGGAGGUGAUCGUGAUAAAGAGAAAGAAAGAAGGAAAGAUGGGGGCCGUGAUCGGGAUAGAGAUCCUGAGCGUGAUCGCGACUAUGAUCAUCGCGAUCGUGAUUAUGACUACCGCGAUAGAGAACGUGGCAGAUAUGAUCGCGAUAGAGAUCGCUACGGUCGUGGUGGAGGCAAAUAUGAACGAGACGAUCGACGGUACGAAACCGAUGGAUCCAAGUAUGAUGCUGAAAGAUCGACCCGAUACGACAGGGACGGAGAUGGUGGCAAGCGGUACAUGUCCCGGGAGGAGUAUUAUAGAAAAAGAGAAGAACGUGCAGCAGCCGGUGGUGCUGGUGGCGCUAGUGCUGCCGAUGAUGAUCGACGCUAUCGUAAAGAAAAAGAUCGCACAAGAACCGGAGGAGGCGAUCGCUACCGAGAAGAUAGAAGGAAAGACGAUCGCUACCGAGAGGGAGGCGAAAAACGGCGAGAUCGACGGUAUGAUUACGAAGAUUAUCGCACUGGUAGUCGGAACGGCACCGAGCGAGAUCGCGAAAGAGAUCGGGAUCAACGGGAUCGCGUUCGUGACAGCCGGGAGCGUGAUGACGCCCGUGAUCCGCGCAAAGAUCGUAAAUAUCUGUCGUCGGCGGCUGGUGGCACCGGGCCUUAUGGAGCGGCACCAUAUGCCUCUGCUGGCGGAUACUACGAUCCUUACAGCUACUAUACCCAGCAUCAGCAGUACUACGAGCAGCUGCGCCGGAACAAUCCGCAGGCCUAUGCCGAGUGGUAUCGCACCUACUACAGCCAAAUGCAGGCUACCCAGAUGCAGCGGGAUCUAAUGACCAGUGACGGCCGAGAAUCGGUACACUCGGGACGUAGUUCGGCCAACGAUAAAGAACGGUAUAAUCGCACGACACCGUUUCUCCAGCAACAAGGCCCGGCCGGUAGUUUGUACAAUCCGGAUGACUAUCAUCGUCAUUUCAAUAACCAAUCGCAACCAUCCGCCAUUCUGGACCAGAGCUUCCUCAGUGAUGUUUCUGGUCAACCGGUAUCAUUGCCCCCAUUUAUCCAGCACCAUCCAUCGUCAGUUGGGGCAUUCCAGCAUCAAUCGCUUCAGCAACAACAACAGCAUCGUGCGACGCCGCUGGCCAUCGAUCGGUCUUUCCACACGGUGGACAGUGGAUAUUACCAGCCAAGGCUGGACAAUACUGAUGGUUCGAUACGCCAAGAACCGAGCAGCAUAACGAUGAUGGAACCGGAGCGUUUGACCCCGCGAAAGUUCCCCGAAAUUCAUCCGAUUGUUAGCUUAUCCUGUGGAUUGUUGGUGGCCACUAAGAAUCGGUUAACAGUGAAUGGAAGCGCGGAUGUUGUGAAAAUAUUUAGCUUGGGUGCGCAUGAUCCAACAACCCGGCGUCUAUUCCAAUCAUACCCGGGUCCGCUGGGCAAGGAUCGAACUCACAAGAAAUCGGUAAUUGAGUUUUGCGAGGAACAGCUACGAAACGGUCCGCCGAGUGUGAACGGGCAAAUGCUGAUGAAAUCGCGCGGUAACUCUAUCAACAGUCUGCACUCGUUGGGUGCCAAUGUCAAUCGAGGAUCGUUUACACUGUUGUGGAAUUACAUAAUUCUUCUUUUGAGACAGAAUGGAACUUUUGUCGGCACUGACAUCUCGGAAUUGUUGAUGCAGAACAAAACCGAAUUUCCAUUCGAAUCGGCUCAGUUGAGCGCAAGGUCAACAAAUUUAAGUGGUCGGAAUUCUUCUCUUUCGACAACGGAUCGAAAACCAGCAAUAAGGGAAGUUGAAGGCGAUGGUCAAAUCGACGAAGAUAGAGAUGAUACCCGUGAAAAUGUAGAAAACGUCACUGGCGAAACUGAACAGUUUAACAAUUCUACAAGCCUGGACAAGAAGGAAACCAUGAAUGAACUGGAGAUCACGGAAAAGUUCCGUAACUAUCUCAUCUAUGGAAACAUCAGCGACGCAUUAGAAUGGGCAACCGAGAACAAUCUCUGGGGUCAUGCUCUGUUUUUGGCCUCGAAGGUAGACUCGCGUCAGCACGCCAAUGUCAUGAUGAAAUUCGCUAAUAAGCUCGCGUUGAACGAUCCUCUGCAAACAUUGUAUCAGCUUUUGAGCGGCCGAACUCCGUCGGCUGUUUCUUGCGUGCAGGAUGAGAAAUGGGGCGACUGGCGACCCCAUCUGGCUAUGUUGAUGUCCAACAGUUCGGCCAAACCUGAGCUAAUAAAGAAAUCCAUCACGACGUUGGGCGAUUCGCUUUACAAUCGGGGUGAUUUGUAUGCUGCCCACUUUUGCUAUCUUCUGUCGGAUGUCACAUUUGGUAGAUUUUCGGAUGUCAAACAAGAUGGAGUCGUCACUAUUACUACCCAAACGGCAGUGCGGUUAGUUCUUCUUGGAUCGUCCCAUCUGCAGCGUAGCUUCCGAGAGUUUGCAACGAACGAGUCGAUCAUGAUGACCGAAAUUUAUGAAUAUGCACGAUCGUUGAAUGAAGAUCGCUAUUCCAUCACGGAAUUACAGUUCUAUAAAUAUUUACUUGCAAGUCGGAUGUUGGACUUUGGAAUGCAACUUAAAUGUUUGUUAUACAUGGAACAAAUCGCCGAGCAAAUAGCAGUCGAUCCGUACCGCUUCGAUUCAGAGUUUAUUAAGAAGGUUUAUACAUUUGGUGAUCGUCUGAAGUAUUACGAUCCGGUCCUGGAAAAGGCACUAGACGAAUCAGUGGAUAAUACAGGCCGGGGUAACAUUUACGCCAACAUCGAAGAUCCUGCUUGGUUGCAACGACUGAGUACAAUAAUAACUAAUUACAAUCAUAACCAAAUGUCUUACGAGGGGUCGCACCAGCAAGAAUAUAACAGCAGUCAAUUCACCAGUUAUUUGGACUACCCUAGCGAUCAGCAGUCCCAACAGCUAUCCAGUAGCCAAGAACAGCAAUCGUACGUUGGAGACUCAUCAGACAUUAACCGUCAAUUUACCGAAAUUAACCAGCAGUUUGAUCAACUGAAUCUUCAGUACACCGAUGGAUUUGAUCGUCAACAGCAACACCAUCAACAGCAACAACAACAACAACAACAGCUAACUCCAUCACACCAGCAGCAGCAAUUUCAGCCGGAUCACCAAACGGGGGCCCCUAGUUAUGAUCAAGGUUACGACUCGAUAAAUCAACCAUCACUAACGGACGAGUCUUCACAACAACCACCGCUUCUGCAGCCAGCCUACCCACAACAGGGGGAAAUCUACGACCAACAGCAGCAGCAACAACAACAACAACAACCGCAAUCAAUCCCACAUUAUGGUGGGAAUCCGGGUGGAUAUGGCGAUGGAUCAACACUCGGACAGCAACCGGGUAUGUUUGUUCCGGCAUCAACUGGAUUAGAUGCAGUAGCUGGACAACCUAACUCUUACGACUACUGGGGAGCCAAUGCUGAGCCGGUUUCGAAACAGAUCGCGUCCGCCAUAAUUAGGUCACGUGAAAAACUAGAACUACCACCAACUUCGUAUGGUGUAGCGCAGCCAGCACCGCCCGUCGUUUCCAAUCAUCAUCACCUGUUGACACACCACCACAGUUGCAACGCCAAUCGUGAUGUAGAGGAUGGGGCCCGAGGGGAUGAAGAACUGCUUGGCGAAUACGACGAAGAAGAUGAGGAAGACGACGGGGAGGAACGUGAAGAUGACGAAGACGAUGACGUUGAGGAUGGUGGUUGUGGUGGUGGUCAAGUGACGCACCAUUGUAGUGGGACCUUAGCGGUGGGUGGUCAUGGAAUAAAUCCCGUCCCGGGCGGUGCUGGGCUCAAUUACGUUGCGAAACCAACGAUAUCGAUGCCCAACGCCGUCUCCAAUCGGUCGGGAUACAACGACGAAGAUGGAAGUUCAGCGAAGCUCCAGAACCACCAGUCCCCAGAUGGGCAGCCACCGAAACCGAACGCCGAAGGCGCCAAGAAGGGCCCUCAAUCGAAGGAUAACAAACAGCAACCUAUUGGUCAAAAUGCAAAUUCCGGUUGGUUCGGAGGAAUUUGGAAUAAACUUUCGCUGAAGCCAAAAAAUCAAAUGAUUUUACCGGACGACAAAAAUCCAACGAUCGUAUGGGACCCAGAGAAGAAACGUUGGAUCAAUACCGAAGAGGGUGAGGCAGGUGAGGAAGCAUUCAAACCACCGCCCAAGAUGGCCGACUUGAUGCCAAACGCUGCUGCUAGUCCGUCAGGGUUGCCAGCUCACGUCCCACCUACAAUGGGACCCCCGGGGGCAAUGGGUGUUCCCACAGGCGCUGAACCGGUACCUUCAAUGAAUACCGAACAUCCUGUAGCCAGUGUUCCUCAACCACCGAAUGUUGUCCACAAUGUGCCGGCAGCACCCACCACUGCCGCCCCUGCUGCACCCAAGGCCACCGGUGAACCAACUAAGGUUCCCAACCUCCAGUCCAACAUGUUUAAAAUGCAGAGAAACAGAACUCUCAAACAGUCCUAUGUUAAUGUUUUCAAUCCGCCGGGAGCAGUCCAAAGCAAGGCACCGACUGAACCGAUUCUGGCCCCAACAAUUCCGCCAAUCACAACCCCCCAGAGUGGGUUCUUCAUUCCGGGGCCGGCUCCAAUGGGAGUGACCACUGGCAGCGGACAAGGAAACGAUAAUGCAACAGAGGGAGGGCCUAAUUUCUACAAUCCCAAUCAGUUUGCGGGAGGAUACCAGCAAUAGAUAGAACAUUUCCCGCCCCGAUCGAAAGCAGAAUAAUAAUUGAGCGUUAACACAUUAUAACAAGACUGCCGGCAGGACUAGGCAAUCCGAGUGUUGGUCAUAGUUUUAAGUUUGCACAUAUUAUGUAAAGAAGGAACACACAUUUUUCCUACUAUUAGAACACAUAUUGAAAAAUGGGUGAAGUUGAUAGGGGGGAAAAGAUAAUGUAGCAAAGUGAUUGGUAUUUCUAUGUUAAAUAAUUCAUCUUAGUUUUUUGUUUGUAUUCGUGCUUUUGUUGAAAAGCGGGACUGAAAGUUCGUUUAAAACUGCGUCGAAAGCCCAAGUGCGAUUAUCCGUUUUGGUUUACCUGUUUGUAAAAUAUUUAGUUGAAAAAAAUUAGAUCCCUUCUAUUUUCUCCGCUUGGUGUAAAUGUCGUCGUCACCCCUUUUUUCUUAGAGUUUUCAAAUUACUAAUAGAUAUAGUGAGAGCAAAAAUAUUUUAUUUUAGUAAUUUGAUAUGAAAAUACACUAUAUAACUUUAGACGAAAAUAAUCACCUUAUUAAGCAUCUUACGAAUAUCUUGACAACAUAUUCAUACCUAAAUCGUCAACAUUGUUUCCGAGUUUUUUUUUAUAUAAAGUUCCCUGUAGAGUAAUUUUCAUAAAAAGGACAGCCUUGAUGCGUUCAGAACGAACUCAAACAGUUCGUCCUGAUACAUGAUAACUAGAAGUUGCAAUAGUCGGAGUUUAGAUUAAAAAAAGAGUUGAAGCAUAGUUGAGUAAAAGUGGAAUAUAUAGAAAUAUCGAUAGUGAGGAAGCACUUUGAGAAAGUAAGCUUUUGUUUAAUGUGGUCAGGUUAUGUGAUAUGUAUUAUCCUUGCUCUAGUUUAUAGUGUUUAUUUUGUUUGAUUCGUUUUUUCUCCCAAUAUAUAGAAUUGUGUAUAUUUUUUUCAGAAUCCCGAAUUAAAAAGAUGAUGUGUUUAUAUUAUUUUGUGAACGUUCGAAGGAUUUAGUAAAAGACAGAGAACCCGCAGCUAGUUCUUAGAGCUCGAUUGAAUGUGUUUCGAGAAGAAAGAAGACGUAAAUCAUAGUACAGCAAUCGUAGUUAGGGAAGUUUGAAAAAUGAGAAAUCCUUACACAUGUAUGGAUUGCGAUAUUGUUUGUGUUUAGUUCAGGAAGGUUCAAACUUGGGGUUAAUUGCGAGUGUGUAUAUUUCGUAGCAAAAACUUGAAAAUAUGAGAGCCAGCGGUAAAAUAAUAAAACGUAUUAGUAAUUGGA